AUGUCUGAGGAACUGAGAAGCCCCCUCCCUCUCCCCGCCCCCAUCCCACCUCCUCUCCGGUGGCCCGGCCCAGCCCCACUCGACCUCCCCUUCCCAUCUCCCGCUCCCAGCCCCCACCAGCAGCCUCCAAGCCAAUCCGCUCCUCCCCACGGGCUUUUCCUCUCCGUUUCUUUCCUUUUCUCCCUUCCCCGCCCCCCCUUCUCCCCAGUCCCACUCGGGGUCAGCCAGCCCCGGGUGGGUGUGGGCGUGGGUGGAUGCCCGCCCCGCCUCGCGCACGGCGCCACUUUACCUUCAGUCUGUUCCAUUCUAACCCCCCGGCCGUGUCAGUGCGAUCACAGGAGAGACACGGGGGCCCGGAGGGGGGCCGGAGAGCGGGGCACAGCCGAGGCCGAGGGGGGAGGAGUCGGAGUCAGGCCAGGCCGCAUGAAUCCCCGGCCUAAAUUUCCUCCACGCCGGGUGCCGCUGCCAUCGCGGCCCGAACCGUGGGGCCGCGGCCCAGACGGGAGUGGGGGAGGGGCAAAAGAGCUGCGGGAGGGGAGGGGGAAGGGAGGGGGAGGAAAGAGGGGGGGUGGGGUGGCUGCGCAGCCGCUGCUGCCGAAGAAGAGCCCGGGGCGAGCGGCGGGGCUGGCGGCGGCUGCACAGGGUCUCGAGGACUCGCUCGCUCGCUUUCUCGCUCUCCCACCGCGGUCUUCUUCUAAACCCCCCCGUCCUGGUCGUCUUCUUCGCCUUCGCCGUCGUCGUCGUCGCUAGCUCGUUCGCUCGCUAGCUCGCUCCCGCCGCCGCCGCCGCCGCGCACAAAGCACCCCCCACUUCUCUCGGGCAACGCCGCCACCGCCGCCAAAUCCUCACGCGUUCAUUGGCCGAGGGGAAGGCCUGCGAACAUCUCUUCUAGAGAUCUAGGCCUCUACUGACUCUCUUCCUGCUGUAACAACUAUCGACUCAGAGACUUGUGGGUAAUGUGGAGUACGUCAGCAUCUCUACUAUAUCCUGGACUGCUUGGGGAGCUCAGAGUUCAGAGAGUUCCAUGCUGAUCACGUAGCUUCUUUCCAGUUUGUUUCUCAGUGUGCCUGAGCUGUCAGUGCCCUCUACUGCUUUUUCUGUCAGACCUUGUCAGACCAGUUGCUGUGAGAGCUUCUGUUCAACUACCUACCCAUUCUCAAAUGUUCUUACCUCUCUAUGAAAAUUAUAGCACACACAAAAAAUUCUUCUCUUUCUGAUAAGUUAAUAAAACCUUGAAAUGA